AUGGCCGACCCGGACGCGGCGCCUCCGGCGCCUCCGGCGGAGCCGGCUCCGCCGGCUCCGUGGCGCGGGAGGUGGCGGCUGACGGGCUCCAAGAUCAACUGCCGCUCCUCGCCCUCGGCCGCGGAUCCCUCGAACAUCAUCUGCAAGCUCCGACAGGGCGCUGUCGUGGUGGUGGAGGAGCUCCAGGCCUCCGACUGGUGCCUCCUCAAAGGGCCCCCGCCGGUGGCCGGCCGCUUCGUGCGCUUGCGGAUGUCCGACACCGCGGAGCGGUGCUGGGAGUUCCUCGGCCCAGAGGACGAGGACGUGUCGCCCGGGGAGUUGUGGCAAGCGGUGCAGCAGUUCCCCCACACCUCCUCGGUGGAGGUGGGGAGUUUGCGGAUUCUGGUGGUGCAGCACCAGCCCAACAUGGAGCCCUUGAAGGAGUUCCUGGACGCGGGGCGGCACUCGGUGGAGGUGUGGCCCGUGGAGCGGGUCGCCUGGCGCGAGGCCUGGCGGGUCAUCCCCCAGCUCUUCGACGCCGUGGUGCUCUCUGGCGGCGGCAUCGGCGUGACCUUGGAGGUGAGGACACUGGAGGAGAAGGCCUUAACCAAGAUGGAGGUGCCGAUCCUGGGAAUUUGCUUUGGUAUGCAGCUGACCGCCCGGGCGUUCGUCCGGGCAGAAGCUGGGAGCAAGGCGACCAAAGGCUUGGUGCGCCCAGUGGCAGAGAAGCGGGAGUACAAGCUGGAGCAGGUAUCCAAUGCGGCGUUGUCUCUGCAGGGAGGCAUGAUGUACCACCGGAAGUUUGGCGUGCGAUGUGACCUCGGAGCUGACUGCUUGGAGGUGCUGGCGUUGGACGAGAGCGGGCAGUCUGUAGCAGCCUUGCGCCACCGCACGCGGCCGAUUUUGGCCUUCCAGGGCCAUCCGGAGAUGAAAAAGACGCAGCCAGAGGUGAAGCAGCAAGUUUUCAGGCUCUUGGAGUUGAUGGUGCAGGAGCACCGGCUGACGCUCCGGCGCAGGGCGGGGCUGGCAGCUGCGCCAGAGGAUGCGAAUCCGGGCGUCACCGCGAGCGCGGAAUCGGAGCAGGAGGAGCAGGGGCAGAUGACUGAGCCCGAAGAGAACGUCGAGGACUCCGACGAAUCGCCCUGA